AGGCAAAUACAGAGAAACCUUCACUAAGCAAAGCUGAGCAGUCUGGCAGAAAUGCUCUUCUGUCAGAUAUAUGCAAGCCCAAAAAGUUGAAGAAGGCUGUUACCAAUGAUAGGAGUGCACCAGUCGUUAACGUUCCCAAAGGUCCUGGAGGAGUUGGUGGCGGUGGCGGUGGGAGUAGUGGCGGUGGGAGUAGUGGCGGUGGCAGCGGCGGCGGUGGUGGUGGUGGUGGAGGAGUGGGUGGUGGACCUGCAGGUUUAGGUGGAUUAUUUGCAGGUGGAAUGCCAAAGCUGAGAUCUGCAGGAAGCCGAGAGAGUUCUGAUUCUGGUGGAAGUCGACCACCAAUUAUGCCUCCAGGUGAAAGAUCAUCUGGUCCUAGACCAUUUGCACCAAGCAACACUCCUCCACGGAUACCUGGGUCAUCUCCUUUUCCAAGGAGUAAUAACCCUGAGCUAGCAAGAAAUAAAUUUCCGCCACCAAAUCAACCAAAAUUUUCAAGGCCAGAAAUAAGUUCAAAACCUGAUGCAGUUCCGCCACCUUUACCAAAUGCACCAAGACCAUCACCAAUGCAAAACAGGGGUCCUCCACCUGCAUUAGAAAAUCGACCGCCCAUCAGGGGACCUUCUCUACCAAAUCGCAAUCAAAUGUCUUCUCGUCCGUUCUCUCCAGCUGUUCCACAGAGCAGUGCAAAUAGAUCUUUUCCACCUCCCACACCUAACAGGGCUGUUGAGGACAAACCUUCACCACCAACACCUCCAAUUCCCAGUACUAACAGACCUCCGCUGCCUCCUACUCCAGUUAGGAUGACAGAUGAUAGGCCGCCGCCACCUCCUAUGACAAAUAGGCCCUCAAUUAAUAGGGAGGGCCCUCCACUCCCACCACCACAACAUCAGAAACCACCUGUCCCUCAAACACCUAGGCCAAUUCCCUCUUUCCAAGCUCCCCCACCACCACCACCUAAUCGACCAGGACCACCUUCCAAUCAUCCGAGUUCUGCUACAGAUGUUGAAAUUCCAAAGCUCCCUCAACGAAAUCUCUCUCUCCACGGCACUCCGUCAACAUCACCAGGACCAAUUCGCAGUGGUCCUCUUUCUCCCAGUGAAAGACCUCCACCUCCUGUGAGGGACCCCCCAAGCAGAUCAGGACCUCUUCCUCCACCACCUCCAGUUGGUAGAAAUGGUGGUAGCCAGAAAGCACCACCUGUCCCACAGCCUCCAAGCAGAAUGGGUUCAGACACAAGGAGUGGCUUCAGACCCCCGCUUCCUCCUGACCGAGGAAGUCCUGUUCCCCCACCUCCCCCACCAACGUCAAUGAGGAAUGGCUUCCAGGAGUCCUCACAGUCAAUGUGUGAAGAUGAGUGGGAAGGCCGAUUUUCUUUCCAUUCCAUCUCUGAUUUUCCACCACCAGAACCGUAUGUAAACUUCCCAAAAACUUAUCCUAGUAAACAGAACAAGGCAGAGAGCAGAGAUUCAGGUAGGAGAGAGCGAGGUGCUCCACCCCUUCCACCAAUCCCACCUAUACCAAGGUGAAAACAGAUCUGGGUAUUGAAAACUCGCGAAAAGUCAUUCUACUCUUGGACCAUCUUGCAUGCUUUAACUGCAGACUUGCUACAGGGAUGUUGAAUUUGCCUCUCAGCUCCAGUCAUUUUCAGCUGUAGGAAUGCUGGCUGUCUGGCAUUUGUUUAUCUGAUGCUUACAGCAUCUAGAAAUUAAAAAGAAAAAAAUUCUCCUUUGCAUCUUUUGACUGCUUCAAUGUAAUACGUGCUAACUUGUUUACAAUAUUAUGGACCUGAAAAAAACAUGUAUUUUGCAAGAAUAUUUCUUUAAUCUAUUUUAUACAGUCGCAAUAUCAUUUGGGUGCUCAGUUGGGAUGAGUUUGAAUAAAAACAGGCACUUUGGCUUUAAUUAAA